AUGCAUUCUUCAAUCAUCAUCACCUCACUUUGUGCUGCUUUGGCCGUAGCCAAGCCACUCCAACAUAUGGGAAAGCAUAUCAAGAAGGACUAUGUUACCGAUUUGGAUAUUGUCAUCGAGACGGUUUUUGUAACUGUCACUGCCGGAUCUCCACCAGCAGUUGAGACUCCCCAGGCCGAGGCCACCACUGUUGUUGUUAUGAACACCGUCUACGCCCAAGCUGAGACCCCAGUUGCUACAUCUUCUCCAAAGGCUGCUGCCGUCUUUGCUGCGGUAUCCCCAGUCGAGGCUGCUGAGCCAGCACCGACUACGACUAUCGCUCCAGUUGUCGUCCCUACCACCGCCGCUCCUGUUGUUGUCAGCACUCCUGAGCCAGUUGUCGCUCCAGUUCCAGUUACCAGUGCUGCCCCGGCUGCUUCAGGUUAUGAGGGAACUAUUCUCGAGCGUCACAAUGCUCACCGCGCCAACCACUCCGCAAACGCGCUUGUUUACAACGCUACUCUUGCUGGGUAUGCUAAGAACACCGCUCAAAAGUGUGUCUUUGCCCAUGACAUGACCCAAGGUGGUGGUGGUUACGGACAAAACAUUGUUGAAAACGGCCGUCUUCCAUGGACUGGUGUCAACAUUGCUUCCGCUGCUGCCUUCGGUAUCACUGAGCAAUGGUACAACGGAGAGGAGCCUCUCUACGCCAGCAGCUACACUAAAGACAACCCAGCCACCAGCGCUGAUGUUCUUCACUUCACUCAAGUCGUCUGGAAGGCUACCACUGACGUUGGCUGCUACACUGCCCAAUGUGCACAAGGAACUGUUGAUGCUGGCGCCCCAACCGCUUUCACUGUUUGCAACUACUGGCCACAAGGUAACUUUGGAGGUCAAUACGGCAACAACGUCGCUCAAGGAAGUGGAGCCGCAACUCAACACGCCACCAUCGAAUGGAGCGCUUAA